AUGACUUCUCUGAAUGACCACCACCUUUCAGGCAUAUCGCGUAAUUCAUCCGCUAUACUAUUCGCAACAGCAGAAUCGUCCAAGAAGCAGCCUAUCAGAAUGGGUGUAAACGAAAAUACACCUUUACUCAUUGACGAUUCAACUGGCAGAAACGACGGAAGUGAUGAUGGAUCAACUAUCAACAAACCGCCUCAGAGGAAAGGCUCGACGUCUACUUUGGCCUACGCGGCAAAGUUGAAGCAGAGAUCAAAGUACUAUGUGCCGAUAACAGAUUGGUUACCUAAUUAUUCGUGGUCAUUGUUUUCUGGUGAUUUGGUAGCUGGUUUGUCGGUAGCUUGUCUACUUAUACCACAGUCCAUGUCAUAUGCCAGUGGUUUGGCGGGAUUGAGUCCGCUGGCAGGUCUUUGGUCAACGGCCGUACCAGCUUUAGCGUAUAGUGCACUUGGAACAUGUCGUCAACUAUCUAUAGGUCCAGAAGCUUCGUUGUCCCUCCUUAUGGGUCAAAUGAUUCAAGAUGCCGUAUUCGGAGACCCACAUCACAAGCCCAAGCAUCCAGAAUUAAAUGCUGCUGCUCUAUCCGUCAUGGCCACUUUCCAGAUCGGUCUGAUCACCAGCAUCCUUGGCUUGCUCCGUCUCGGGUUUUUAGAUGUUGUUCUCUCUAGAGCACUUUUGCAUGGUUUUAUCACGGCCGUCGGUAUAAUCAUCUUCAUAGCUCAACUAGUUCCAAUGCUAGGAAUGGAACAUAUCUUAUCUCAUCCUGAAAACGCCGAAGAUGCACCUACGUUACCACUUCAGAAGCUCGUCUUCACUCUCAAACACCUCGAUCAUGUCAACAAACCUACUAUGAUCCUCAGUUUCACCUCAUUAGCGUUUUUGAUAGCUGCGAGGGUGAUCAAGCAACAAGCCGUCAAGAGGCCUGGUGGGACGUGGGUCAGAUACAUUCCUGAGAUUUUGGUUCUAUGUGUAACCUCGACUGUACUCUCCGCCUUUCUGGAUUGGGAGAAAAAGGGGGUAGAUAUCCUAGGUCAAAUCAAAGGUGAGGCUGCUGUGCCAUUCGGUUGGCCGCUCAGUAAGAGGGCCAUGAAGUAUUUCAACUAUACAUUGCCUUCCGCUUUUGUCUCGGCUGUUAUUGGUGUGGUGGACUCGAUCGUGGCUGCUAGGGAGAAUGCAAUGAAAUACGGAUAUGCCGUUAGUCCAAACAGGGAAUUGGUAGCUCUAGGUGCCACCAAUCUCGCUUCUUCAUUUUUGACUGUUACUGGCUGUAUACCCAUCUUCGGAUCUAUCACUCGUUCAAGGCUGAACGGCCAGACUGGUGGAAGGACUCAGAUGUCAAGUAUGGUAUCUAGUGCAGCUAUCAUCUUGUCUAUCUACUUCCUGUUGCCAUAUCUUUACUUCCUCCCAAAGGCUACACUCGCAGUGAUUAUUACACUUGUGGUAUACAGCAUCCUCGCCGAAGCACCUCACGAGAUCCACUACUUCUUCAAGAUGAGAGCCUGGACGGAUUUCAUGCAAAUGACCGGAACCUUUAUCCUGACAUUGUUCUUCUCUAUGGAAAUUGGUCUUGUAGCUUCAGUAGUCUUAUCACUUAUCUUGGUCGUCCAGAAAUCAUCGCAACCUAGGAUCCAGAUUAUAGGUAGAUUGCCCGGCUCCGAUCAAUGGGCACCGAUAGACGAAGAUGAGAAUGCUCAAGAAGAGAUCCCGGGUGUCUUGGUAGUGAGAAUUAGGGAGAGUCUGAGUUUUGCUAAUACUGGUCAAUUGAAAGAACGUCUGAGAAGACUUGAGCUUUAUGGUCAUGGGAAAUCCCAUCCUUCUGACGAACCGCGAAGAGAAUCUGCAAAAGCAUUGAUCAUGCAUAUGGGAGAGGUGCAGGAGAUUGACGCUUCAGCCAUUCAGAUUCUCUUUGAACUCAGUCGAGCAUAUCAUGAACGGGGCGUGGGAGUGCAUUUCGCCUCGAUCAAACCUGGCCAGGUUGACAAGUUCAAAAUAGUAGGAUUGACUGAACUUCUCGGUGCAUCCCAUUUCCAUAACAACCUACAAGAAGCGAUGAAGGAAGUUGAAUUGAUGGGAUACGGUACUAGUAUCUUCUCGAGGUUCUCCUGA